GCGAAUAAACAAAGAGGCGAAAACAUCUCAUCACAUCAAAAGGGAGGAGGGGAGCGAGUGAGUGAGUGAGUGAGGAGGCAUCCAAUCUCUCUAACAUCUUUUCAACAAAUAUUAUAUGCGGCGAGUGAUGUUGCAACUUGCGGUUUUUGAUAGCCAAUAAUUGACCCUCUCUCCUCUACGUUUCCAAUUCUCACUGACCCUCCCCGUAAUUUUCACCUUCAAAUCGCUGUCUUGUCCAUCGUCAUUUGAAUCUGAAAUAAGUCUACCAGUUUUCGUUCUCAUUCUUUUUCUUGCUUCCUUGUUUGGUUUUGAAGUUCGAUUGGAGGAUGGAUAACCAUCACAUGGAUUCGUUCGACGAGAGCUGCUGCUGGUCGGAUUUAAUUGAUUACAGCGGCCUACUGGACGACGUUGCGCCUGUGGCGGAGCUUUACUGGAACCCUCAGCCGCCGUCACAAAAUAUUGGUGCGGCAGUGGAUGUCUCACAUAGCGGAACUACGUCACAAGUCAGUGAAAGCGGAGAAAGGGAAUGUCCAAGAAAGAGGGGUCGCAGUGAUCCAUGUGGUGGAAUAGGAACGAAAGCAUGCCGUGAGAGAAUCAGGAGAGAAAAACUGAAUGACAAAUUCUCAGAACUGUCUGCUGUUUUGGAACCUGGUAGACCUGUGAAAACUGAUAAAUUGGCCAUACUCAGUGAUGCCAUCAGAAUUCUAAAUCAGCUAAAAACUGAAUCACAGGAGUACACAGAAAUGAACGAAAGGCUUUUGGAAGAGAUAAAAAAUUUGAAGGCUGAGAAGAAUGAACUUCGUCAAGAAAAAUUGAUGCUUAGGGCAGAUAAGGAAAGGAUGGAGCAGCAGUUGAAAAUCAUAAGUGUUCCUCCUACUGGGUUCAUACCAACACAUCCUCCAGUAUAUCAGGCUGAGGUAAACAAGGUGCCAAUGUUUCCCAGCUAUGGAUUUGUUCCAAUGUGGCAGUAUUUACCACCGUCUGCCCGUGAUACUUCUCAAGAUCAUGAGCUCAGGCCUCCUGCUGCUUGAUAUGUGCACCAGUUGCUGCUUUUGGAGAAGAUCUAUCUUGCAAUUGAGAAAUGUUUCACCACACAUGUUUGUAAAUAACAAGUAGAUGUCAGUUGAUCGAUUUUUGAAUCAGGUUGUUCCGUUGUUGUCUGCCAUCUUUGCAUAAGUUCAGUAUUUUAGACAAAUGGAAUGAUCUUGAUUUUAAAGACAAUGGAUUACAUUUUAGCUGUCCUGUGUCCAGUCUUAUCAUUCCAUGACAAGUUUGUAGUCGUCUUUUUUCCUUCCUACUCUAAUGGUGUUGAUGGUGGGGCCACCUGUUAGUUUUCUUUUGUUGAUGUCACUGCAAAAGAGCUAAUAAUUUGUUGGUAUUGAAAGAUUUUUAUGUCAGAAGUUCCAAUAAAUGUUUCUAUA